AUGAGUUGUUUGGAUGUUAUGUACCCAGUCUAUGGACAUUACGCACCGUACGCGCCAGCCACUCCCGCGUUCAUCAACAACUUCCAGGCACCAGUCGGUCUGAGGAGCACCUCUCCUCGCCGCAGAGACUUCAUGAUGGAAAGCAGGGGGACGCAAAGGGGUGUCGGGGGGGUGUCGGCAGGCCCCGGCUCCUCCUCUUCCUCAUAUCCCUCCGCCACGCGACCGGAGGAAGGCCCUAAGGAGAAACAGGAAGUCCCCGAGGCUGAGUACCUGACAUCGCGUUGCAUCCUCUUCACGUACUACCAAGGGGACAUCAGCAGUGUGGUGGACGAACACUUCUCCAGGGCACUCAGCUCCUACAUGGAGGGAGAGGGCAAGAGGAGGGCGUUGGACCUGGGCACAGACACCCCUUCACCCAGCAGUCGCCACAGGUUCCCCCCAUCCUUCUGGGAUAGCAACUACCCCUCCCCCCAGUGUCGCUCCCGCUGUGAGCACAGAGCGCCCACCUAUUCCAUGGACCCCUACGCUUCCGGACUCCACCCAGGCCUUCCUCACCCACACACUCACCCCCACUCACACCUGCACCCAGCAGAGGGGUGGGGCUACGCACAAGGCCAAGCCUACGGGGCCCCCAGGCCCCUCCAUGAACUCUACUCCCCCAGCGGCCUGGAGCCCCACCACUCAUAUGGCCCCCUUCUCAUGCCCACCGUGCGACCCUCCCACCUGGGCACCCUCCCUGGACACCACCCCUACGAUAUCAGCAAGCUGGACCCCACCGCCCCCUGGCCGGGCCUGCUGCCCCCAGGUGAGAUGGCCAUCAACAUGGACGCAGGUAUGGAGCCUCUUCUCUACUACAGCUGA